AACUAUAGGUUAUCUAUGGACGUUACGUACGGGGGGGUGUACGGCACUUCCGGGCCUGACCGUGCGGGGGGAGGCGUCGAGGUGGGCGCAGCAUCCAGAGAUACAAAGAAGACGGCAACAAUGGCCGAUAUAUCGCUGUAUCUCACUACCGUUAAUGUGUCGAUAGGACAGACCAUGGACGUGGAGCAGACUCAGAGCCCGGGUAGAGACUUUGAGAGUGUGGAGCUGGGGGAGCUGGACAGGAGAGAGGAGCAGCAGCAGCAGAGGGAGAAGGCUCCUCGCAGGAUUAUCCAUUUCUCCAGCGGGGAGACCAUGGAGGAGUACAGCACGGACGAGGAGGAGGGAGAGGACAAGGAGCCGGAGAGGAAAGACCUGCUGUCCUCCCCAGUCGAUGCGGUGAGGUCUAAGCUGACCUGGGGUCCAUACUUCUGGUUUCACAUGUGGAGAGCGGCCACGUCCACCAUCUCAGCCUGUGACUACCUGGGGGAGAGGAUGGCCUCCCUCUUUGGGAUAACGUCAGCCAAAUAUCAGUACGCUAUCGACGAGUACUACAGGAUGAAGAAAGAGAGGGAGGAAGAGAAGGAGGAAAACCGCCUGUCGGAGGAAGCAGAGCGAUCCUUUGACCAGCUACAGGCCCAGGGAGAUGAAGACGAAGCGAUCACCGCGGCAGACGCGCUGGAGGUGGCCGCUGCUCGCCCUGAUGUGAUCUAUCAGGUUGAGAAUGAAAACCAGGCUCCGUCGAGCACCAUAAUAGUCCCUGCCAUUGUCACGGCAACCUAACCCUAUCCCUAGAAAUGUGUUGUUGUUAAAGAAGGAACCCCGUCUUGUUUCACCAAGCACCGUUUGAUUUGUGUACGACACAGCUUUAGAUGGGCAGUGCUGCUGUAUUGUGGUUGUUUGGCAAAGACCAGUAGUGGUGGAAUGACUCCUCUGGCUACUAAGUGUCCCUUUGCAACAGUGUAGCAACUGAUAAAGUAACUACUGAUAAUGGAGCAACAUAUUUGGAUGGCAGGUGUCGUGAAAAACAUACAAUAUGACAGAAAAUGUUACAUUAUUAUCUGCGAAUGCACAGUCUAGUUGAAGUUGUUAGCGCGUUGAUAGCUGUUUUAUCAGUUGCCACAGCAGCCUCCCGAAUCUGAACGACUGCUAUGGAGUGAAGGUUAAAUGUCGCUCCCCUGUGCCUCUGACAGACCAGACACUGUGCCUAAAUCACCAAUACAGCCAAGUCAGUGACAGAUCUGGACACUGCAUGUAUUUGAAAAUGAUUGACUGGUCAACUGAUUGAUUUCAAAUAUUUGACGGAUGAUGUACAACAGCUGUUUUCGUCCAGGUCUGGUCAAACUGGUGCAUUCUCGAUACACCCGGCUGCACCAAAGAGCUGGCUAUUUUAACACUCCCUCACCUGUUCAUUUGCUCCAUGUGUUGUUGUAUUAAUGCUUAUUAAGCUCGCAUUGCACUCAG